CCCCCGGGACUCCACGUCGUUCCCAAGUGGUGCAUACGUGUUACCAACUCCCGAGCUGAGAGCGCUGCGUCUACAUUCCAUAAUGCCCAGCCGGAAAAAGAAGAGUGCAUCGACGCCGACUUUCGAACGCUACACGACCGUGGUAGAAGGCUUGAAAGCAAUAUAUAAUGAGAAGAUCCUGCCCCUCGAGGAGCAGUACCUCUUCCACGAGUUCUGUACGCCGAAGCUUCAAGACUCUGACUUCGAUGCUAAACCGACGGUGCUUCUAAUUGGCCAAUACUCUACCGGAAAAACGACUUUCAUCAAAUACUUGAUCGACGACGAUUUUCCCGGGGACCUCGUCGGACCGGAACCCACCACUGAUCGCUUCAUCGCUCUCAUGAAUGGACCCCAGGAUGGCGUCAUUCCAGGACACGCCGUCGUCGUAGACAACUCGAAGCCGUUCAUGUCUUUGGGAGAUUUCGGCAGCGCCUUCUUACAGCGAUUCCAAAUAUCUCUCAAGGAUUCCCCCGUCUUACGCUCCUUGACGAUUGUUGACUCACCGGGAAUACUCUCGGGGGAGAAACAGCGUGUAGACCGGGGCUACAACUUCACUGAAGUGUUGAAGUGGUUUGCUGCCCGGGUAGAUCGCAUCAUUUUGCUUUUCGAUGCUCACAAACUCGAUAUUUCGGAUGAAUUUCGAAGAUCGAUCGAAGUUCUCCGGGGGCACGAUGAAAAGAUCCGCAUCGUUCUGAAUAAAGCCGACAUGAUAGACCAGCAGGCUCUGAUGCGGGUUUACGGCGCGCUGAUGUGGUCGCUCGGGAAGAUUCUGCUCACCCCUGAAGUCGUUCGCGUUUAUAUCGGCACUUUCUGGGACGAAGCGCUCAAGAACGAUGAUCUGCGGAAACUCUUCGAAGCCGAGGAAUGUGAUCUCUUCCGUGAAAUCGGCGAAUUACCUUGCACAGUGGCUUGGCGAAAGCUCAAUGACCUUUUGAAGCGAGCACGACAGGCGAAGGUAAACGCUUACAUUGUCGAUGCCUUGAACGAGAAAUACAACACAUCGAUGUUUAGACACGAGACCGAGAAGAAAAAGAUAAUCAAGAGCCUACCACUGAUAUUCGCUCAAAUUCAGAAAAAACAAAACUUUGCAAAAGGAGACUUCCCCGACGUGGAUGACUUACGACAGAAGCUGAUGAACAUCGAUUGGAGUCUCCUCAAGGGCCUCAACAAGAAGCUCGUUGAGGGGGUCGAUGAUGUUCUUCUGACGCGAAUUCCAUCGCUCGUGAAAAUGCUCCAAAGUGAACAAGAGACCGAAGCUUCUCAGCAGCGAAUUCGCGGUGGCAAAUUCGACAGAUCCAUUUUCGAAAACGGCCGAGGUGAGGGGGCCGAUAAGGGAUCUCUAGAAAAUGGUUGGGUCGUCGAGAAACAUCGCUACUUGGGAGACUUCGAGAAGCUCAAGGACGACACGAACAAAGUUUGCGGCGCAGUGGCGAAACAGCAAAUGGUCAAAUCGAAUCUCCCCAAUUCGAUACUGGGGAAAAUUUGGAGGCUGGCCGAUAUCGACAGGGACGGUGCGCUCGACGAAGAUGAAUACUGCCUCGCGAUGCACCUCGUCGGCGUCAGAUUAGAAGGCUACAAGAUCCCGAAUGAGCUUCCCAGACAUCUCCUACCGCCGCGGAGACGGGGAUUCAUAUCCCUGGGGAUUUGAGCCCGGAUCCAGGAGGAGUUCCGCCUCUCACAUGAUUACUCAGCUCCGAUCGAGAGCAUGGUGAGCGAUAUAAUCAUGGGUCGAUGUCAGCAAGGCGCACAAAGGAUCGUGAAAUUUGAUUCAGUCGGAGCUCGCUCCUCCGAGCUGGCUCGGAACGGGAAGCUCGAGGACGAAGCUCGCAAGGGAACGUCUCACGCAAGCGUUAUGAGGUCUGCAAUUUUUCUGAAAACUUUUGGCGAACAGGAUCAGCAGGAAGUGCUCACACGUCUUCGGGGGGGCUUCCGGUGGACGCCUCAUCGUUCCUCAUCACGUCCUCGCCGGGACACUCUCGGACGAUUUAGGAGGAAUAAUAACGAUGAUAAUAAUUGCCGCUCGAGCGCUCCUGUUUGAAGAACAAUCCAAGUGAAUAAUGGAAGGAAAUGAAAGUGGAAUAAAUUUCGAGCAUCAG